GGCAGUUAGUAAACAGUACCAGUGUAAAGGUUAGGAAAUAAUUUAGCCAUUUAAAAUCUUUCACUCGUAAAAUUAUUUAUAAAGUAUAAUAUAGAAAUGCCGCCUUGGCUGCCUCUUGAAUCUAAUCCAGAUGUACUUACAAAGUAUAUUCAUAAAUUGGGGGUGUCUCAAGAGUGGUCAAUUACUGAUGUCGUCAGCUUAGAACCGGAGAUGCUCGAAUGGAUACCGCAACCAGUCAAAGCAAUUAUUUUGCUAUUUCCUAUAUCAGAAAAUUAUGAGAAGCAUAGAGCACAAGAACAUGAACAAUUAGCUGCAGAUCCUGGAACUUUUCCUGAUGAUCUUUUCUACAUGCGACAACUAACUUCUAAUGCUUGUGGCACUGUUGCUAUUAUACAUAGUGUGGCUAACAACAAAAGCAUUUCACUUUCUGAUGGAAUAUUGAAAAACUUUCUUGAGAAUGCUAAAGACUUAACACCAGAAGAACGUGGUAAGGCUUUGGAAAAUGAUGUGUCUUUUACGGAGGGCCAUUAUGAACUUGCCAACGAAGGUCAAACCGUUGCUAAUCCUGAAGAAAAAGUAAAUCACCAUUUUAUAUCAUUAAUUCACAACGGGGGCUUUUUGUAUGAGUUAGAUGGUCGAAAACAAUUCCCAAUCAAGCAUAGUUCGACUUCYGAUUCAACAUUUGUGCAAGACGCAGCUAAAGUCUGCAAAGGAUUCAUGGCUAGGGACCCAGAAGAAAUGCGCUUCACGGUAAUGGCAUUAACCGUGUCACCAAAUUAAUAUGAAUUUUCUAUUUAAUAUGCUAAAUUAUUGGUAUUAACUUGUGCUACUGCUAUUCGCUUAUACACACAUAAUUUUAAGAUAAUUUUGAAAAUUUGUCAUACCAAUUACACAAACAUAAAUUUCACGCUUUAAAUGCUUAUAUUGAAAUUGUAAACGAAUUGAAUCGAUGGUAAUAAAAUAAUUGGAUAUCAAUGGCUUAUAAAAAUUA